GCCCCGGCUCGUUGGGGUCCUGCGCGGCGGCGGCGGCGGCGGCGGGCGGGUCGACAAGUCGGUGUCUCCUUCACUUCGUCCUCCACUUCGAGCGGCGGCAGCCAGCGAGGCCCCCUCACGGCGAGACCCGCCCGGCUCCCCUCGGACAGCCCCGCCGGCCAGAUUCAUUAGAUUGGCCUAGCUAUGACUUAUCCUCCACCAUGUAUCCCUCCGCCUCCGAGACCUCCAAUGGCAAUCCCUCCAUCAUAUGCAGAUCUUGGCAAAUCUGCCAGAGAUAUCUUCAACAAAGGCUAUGGUUUUGGGCUGGUGAAACUGGACGUGAAAACAAAGUCAGCAAGUGGGGUGGAAUUUACAACAGCUGGUUCAUCAAACACAGACACGGGGAAAGUGAAUGGGAGCUUGGAGACCAAAUACAAAUGGGCUGAGUAUGGUCUGACUUUCACAGAAAAAUGGAACACAGACAAUACUCUGGGAACAGAAAUUGCGAUUGAAGACCAGAUUGCCAAAGGUUUGAAGCUGACAUUUGACACAACCUUCUCACCAAACACGGGGAAGAAAAGUGGCAAAAUUAAGUCGUCUUAUAAACGUGAAUGCGUAAAUCUUGGUUGUGAUGUUGACUUUGAUUUUGCUGGACCUGCAAUCCAUGGCUCAGCUGUCGUUGGUUACGAGGGCUGGCUUGCUGGUUAUCAGAUGACUUUUGAUAGUGCCAAAUCGAAGCUGACAAGGAAUAACUUCUCUGUGGGUUACAAAACUGGAGACUUCCAACUGCAUACUAACGUCAAUGAUGGGUCAGAAUUUGGUGGCUCAAUUUACCAGAAAGUGAGCGACAAUCUUGAUACUGCUGUAAAUCUAGCUUGGACAGCAGGCAGCAACAGCACUCGUUUUGGCAUUGCAGCUAAAUACCAGUUGGAUUCCACUGCUUCUAUCUCUGCAAAAGUGAACAACUCUAGUUUAGUUGGAGUGGGUUACACCCAGACCUUGAGGCCAGGUGUGAAGCUUACACUCUCCGCCCUGGUAGAUGGGAAGAGCAUCAAUUCUGGAGGUCAUAAACUUGGUCUUGGUCUGGAAUUGGAAGCUUGAAACAGCCGGAGAAACUGCUGCAAGGAAGGGAUAUCAGAAGAAUUCGGCCUUAAAAAAUGUAUUUCCAAUGUGAUCAGCAGGCUUUUUUUCCCCAAGAGGGAUGACCUAGAACAAGAGCUGUAUUCAAAGUAUUUUAGACAGUUACUUGUUAGCUGGUUUCUAGUUAAAUUGGUUACCUAUCUAGUUAUCAAUUCUGCAUUAGUGCAGUCACUUAUACAUUAUUUAAAUGUAUUUAACUGUUUAAUGCGCUACCCACAAAUAAUGAAAUAGACCUUUAUGAAAACUGUACAAUUGUGUGCAUGUUUGUUUUUAUGUUCCUUUUAACAUUUUGAUAUUGCCAUUGAAUGAGAAAUGGAUCAGUGGAUGUUUUGAAAUGAGGUCAGCAAUUUUGUUAAAUCACCUUAAUUAGAAAUACUUUUGGUAUCCCAAGGCAACUCAAAUUAUGAAUAAAACAAAUACACACACAUA